ACGUACAAGUAUGGCGGUCUGAGAGUUGUGGCAACUAUGUUUUGAUGGUGCAAAUCAUUUCUUUUUCAUUUUCAAAACCGACUUUCCUUUAGAAAUCGCGUUUAUCUUAACUAAUCACCACACUGUGACAAAGGUCAUCAUGCCGUCCACCUGUGACUCUCUGAUUGAAGACAUUGAAGACAUGGUAUCUUCUAGUGACCCCACUCCUCACGAGAGACAGUCUGCUAGAAAGAGUAUCGUACCGAGGUCCAGGAAGAAAAAAGAACUUCUGAGCAAUGAAGAGCUCCAAGCUGACAGUUUGAUCCCUGGCACCCAAAAGAUCUGGAUGAAAACAUGGGGUUGCAGUCAUAACAGCUCAGAUGGAGAGUACAUGGCUGGACAGCUGGCUGCCAGUGGAUAUAAGAUGACUGAUGACCCAACAGAAGCAGACCUGUGGUUGCUCAACAGCUGCACUGUGAAAAACCCUGCAGAGGACCACUUCAGAAACUCGAUCAAAAAAGCCCAGGAACAGCAGAAAAAGGUGGUGGUAGCAGGUUGUGUUCCGCAAGCCCAACCACGGAUGGACUACCUCAAAGGACUCAGCAUCAUUGGGGUCCAGCAGAUUGAUCGAGUAGUGGAAGUAGUGGACGAGGCUGUUAAAGGCCACUCAGUUCGUCUCUUGGGUCAGAAGAAAGACGGAGGCCGGAGACUCGGAGGAGCUAGACUGGACCUGCCCAAGAUCAGGAGGAACCCUCUCAUUGAAAUCAUCUCCAUUAACACUGGGUGUCUCAAUGCAUGUACCUACUGUAAGACGAAGCAUGCCAGAGGAGACCUUGCCAGCUAUCCCAUUGAGGAGCUAGUGGAGAGAGCCAGGCAAUCUUUCCAGGAGGGAGUAUGUGAGAUCUGGUUGACCAGUGAAGACACAGGAGCUUAUGGUAGAGACAUAGGGACAGACCUGCCCACUUUGCUUUGGAGACUGGUGGAGGAGAUUCCUGAAGGAGCCAUGCUGAGGUUGGGUAUGACCAACCCACCGUAUAUCCUGGAACACCUAGAGGAGAUGGCUAAGAUAUUGAAUCACCCUCGUGUCUAUGCCUUCCUUCAUGUUCCUGUGCAGUCGGCCUCGGACAGUGUCCUGAUGGACAUGAAAAGAGAGUAUUGCAUCGAUGACUUCAAAAGAGUGGUGGACUUCCUUAAAGAGAGGGUCCCAGGUGUAACCAUCGCUACAGAUAUAAUCUGCGGUUUUCCCGGUGAGACGGAGGAAGACUUCCAAGAGACAUUAGAAUUGGUGAAAUGCUACCGAUUCCCUAGUCUUUUCAUCAACCAGUUCUACCCCAGACCUGGUACACCUGCGGCCAAGAUGGAGCAAGUACCAGCACAUGUGAAGAAGCAGAGGACUAAAGAGCUGUCACAUCUCUUCCAUUCUUACAACCCCUACGACCACAAGGUAGGGGAGAGGCAACAUGUGUUGGUAACAGAGGAGUCAUUUGAUGCCCAAUACUACGUCGCUCACAACAAGUUGUACGAACAGGUGCUGGUACCUAUGAGAGCGGAGUUCAAAGGGAAGAUGAUUGAGGUCGACAUCUACGAGGCAGGAAAACACUUCAUGAGAGGCCGACCAGUAGAAGACAGUAAACCAUUCUCUCCCUCCAUUGCUGCACCGCUUCAGAAAGGAGAGGUGUCUGGCCUGGUACAGGAGCAUAUUGCCAAUGGCAUCCAAGGUCCUGCUUCUACGCCUUCUCCGUCCGUUUUGUUGAUCGGCUCUUACAGCCUAGACAGGGAAGUGCUGAAGAAGCUGGGGAUUGGGCUCGCGCUGGCUGCUGCUAUCCUGGCAUUUAUCGUGGAGAAACUGUUCUGAUGGAGCAACUGUGUGGCAGGAGAGGACUGUGAGUACAGGAGAGGACAGUGACUUCAGAGGAGCCCGAACAGUGUGUUUGAAGUGGUUGAAUACAGUGAUAAAACUGCUUUUUCCUUAGAUCCCUCGUAACAUACUCCACAUACUUUCAUUUCACUUUCAUUUCACUUUUCUGUGACACCUGCAGAGUCAAGGAUCAUUGUAUUUGUUCUAUGAGAUUUAGUCUGUCAUGUUUUUCUUUUUUCUACAGCUAGAGUUUUACUUUUUAAAUAAAGGGCAUAGUUUACAACUUUGCAGUUGUUUCACUCUGUGUGCUCCAAAUAAAGUGAUGUCAGUCACUUCUUUUCUCUUCUCUCAGUGAAUUAUGAAGAACUACAUGGGCAAUGACAGGUCAGCAGUCUUCACAAACCUUUUAUAUACAACUGCUUGAUAAAAAAAAAAAAGUUACAUCCUAGUUCUACAAGAUUUUAAUUAGAGUCUAUUUCAAGUGUAUAUUCUGUUCCAUAUUUGUGUUUCAUUUUGAGAGUUGAACACUUUCAAAGUGUGGGCUGUUUCAGGAACAUGCUGUGUUGUUCACGGAUGACUGCAGCCAUCGACAUUGUCCAUCGACUGGUAAACGAGUGUUUAGAAUCAUGUACUUGGGUCCAUGUUUUAUAACAUAACACAUUCUGCAGAUCAUGAUCAUCAGUACCAGAACGAAGCCUGGGGACGAUCUAACUGUGACAAAGUGAUUUUUAGUUUUUAUUGGAUUAUCCAACAUAUUUUUUUGUGGUACCGAAUAUGUAGGUUUCCAAAUAUUGUGUGCCAUAGAGUCGGCCUUCCUCCUGAUAUUUUAUUCAUUGUAUAGGAGUAAUAAUCUGUAUAAUACUCUGAUUAAAGGUAAUUUCUAACCUUCA